AUGGUGCGUGCACAGGUAUCAAACCGUUUGCCGAGCCGAGCUCAUGAAUCCCUCUUAACUUUGCUUCCCAGGUGGUCCUCGCAGCUUCGAUCACGACGCGGGGCGGCAAGCGUAAGUCACAGUAGACGCGACUGCUCCAACGGAGACAUCGAGGGCAUUGCUGAUUCCCUCGAGCUUGUGCAUUGAUCCGCCUUUCAGCUGUUCUAUCGCGUCAAUUCUGCGAAAUGCCUCGUUCACGAGUGGAAGCGCUAUUGGCCAGCUUUCCCAAGCUGAUCUCAGCUGGUGCGCAGCAUACAUCCGUCGAGACAGAUGCGGUGCGCUACGUCUAUCAACCGCUCGAAGACCUCUACAUGAUCCUUAUUACCACCAAAUCCUCCAACAUUCUUCAAGACAUUGACUCUCUUCAUCUCUUUGCAAGGACUGUGGCAGACAUAUGCAGAGGGCACGACGAGCGCGAUAUCCUCCGUAAUUCAUUCGAGCUGCUCGGGGCAUUUGAUGAGAUCGUCAGCCUGGGCUACCGCGAGAAUGCGAGCUUGGCUCAGAUCAGGUCGAUCAUGGAGAUGGAAUCCCAUGAAGAAAAGAUCCAAGAAAUAAUUGAGAGAGUGAGUCGCACAGAUUGGGCGGGCAGGGCGCGCUGCUCAGCUGGCACCUGGCCAAAAGCGCAAAUGUGAAUGUAGAGUGGCUGAUCACUUGAUCAACCUCACAGAACAAAGAAAUGGAAGCGAAGGAAGAGCUGAAACGCAGGGCAAAGCAGCUGGAACUUCAACGGAGGGAGGCUACGAGGCGUGGAGGGUCAGGUGGUUUUGGAGGAAACAUUGGCGGCUAUCAAGGCGUAUCUGGGCGCUUCGAUGCUGCUCCAGUCCAGACCGCGCCGAUAGUGCGGGACACUGGCGCAACGUGAGACAUGCCGAGAUCCUAUGAACAACGCUUUACUGGACCUCGCUGACUACUUUGACCACUUCUGCUCAGUCCGUCGGUACCUUCAGCCAAGCCAUUCAAGUCAAAAGGCAUGCAGCUCGGAAAGAAGAAGCCAGAUCUCCUUGGUGCUAUCGGCGUGGAUGCGUCCGAGGCUGGCCGAGAUGUGGAAAGCGCACAGCCCUUGCUUCCAGCUGCCGCCAGCGCCGCUGCUGCACCGACACGCGCUGUCGCAGCAGCCAGCGAUCCGCUGGACUUGCUCCCACCAGUGGUACAAGAGAGGUAAGUGAUGCAGAGUCCUCCCUUGAUCACCUGUUCGAAGGCUGACUUCACGACCUCUGAGUAGUGUCCACCUGGUUGUCAAGGAGCGAGUGUCGAUGGAAGCCACUCGGGAUGGCUCACUCUCCUCACUGGAGCUCAAAGGAGAUCUGGAGCUUCGCAUCACGGAUCCUUCUCUAGCAAAACUCAGGUUGCAAAUUGCGCCCGCGUCACCAUCUGCGUUGUUGGCAGAGGAAGGCCUUUCAUACAAGACGCACCCGCACGUUGACAAAAAGGCGUGGUCAGACUCUCGUAUCAUCGCGCUGCGCGACGUGAGCAAGCCUUUCCCAGUCAGGCAGAACCUAGGUGUGUUGCGCUGGCGAGCGACUACCAAGGAUGAGACUGCCGUCCCUCUCAGCAUCAACUGCUGGCCAUCACCUGCCGGUGAUGGAAGUGGUGCGUGCGACGUCACAAUCGAGUACGAGCUGGAAGCAACACAACUAGCAUUGUCUCACGUCGUGCUGAGUGUUCCGCUGCCGGACGGCGUGCAACCUUCCAGCAUUGAGGCUGCGGAAGGAGCGCACGAGGUCGUAGACGAUGGAACGCAGACGGUGUUGCAGUGGAGACUGGACGAAGUUUCGAGCGAUGUGGCGACUAGCGGUCAGUUGGAAUUCAGCGUUACUGAAGGCGCGGAAGAUGUUGGCAUCUUCUUUCCCGUGCGCGUCGACUUCGUGUCGCAGAAGACGAUGGCAGAAGUACAGGUGAGUGAUCGCAUGCGCUUCGAGUUCAUGAAUAGUCGAGCCUAAAUCAUCGCCAUCCCGACCGCUCUGUGUAGGUGGACUCGAUCGUCUCUGCAGAGUCGGGCAUCGAAGUGGCCUUCUCGAGCCAGACGGUGCUCAGCGCCGAGAACUAUCUCGUCGUAUGA